UCUUUCUCUACUAUCCCGGGGGACAUUCCACAUGUACCUCGUAUUCUCCACUGUCUUCUCCACAGCUUCACUGCGCUAGGGAAUCUAGCAAUGCCUAGCCUCUCAGCCGUUAAACAGAAAGUUGAGGACAAGGCUUCCACCAAGGCCGAAGCCGCCAUUGGAUUCGCCCACCAAUCUGAGCGAUUGGCACUGUACAGUCCAUCCCAGGAAGACGAAAGCACAGGAUCCACUCAGGCCAUUGAAGCGAAGUUCAUCACUCCAAACGAUCCCGUAAUCCAGACAGCUAAUGGAGGACGGCUGCCUGCUGUACCUGUGGAGGAAGCAAUCAAGCUCAACCGACUGAAAGAUAUUAUCGAGGACCGAGACCCGUCAGAAACAGAGCCUGUUCAUGAUAGCGAAGGUCCAGGGAGAGAAUCUAUCCAUGGGGCACGACCAAGCGAAGGAGACUCAAAGCAGAGCAUAGAGCCAGAGGCCCCAUUGAGACAGGCAGCUCCACCAUCAAGAACGAAUCCCUUGUUUCCUCCAUUACCGCUAUAUGGCCCUCCUACGCUAUUGCGUCGUAUCCAAUGCUUGGCUCUCAGAGUGUCGUCAGCUGUGCUAUCUCUAAAUUUCCUACUAGUCAUAAUACUAGGUGCCGCUUUCACUAGCAUACCGUUAAUGUGGAGCCAUAUAUGGCUCAGGAUUACAUUCCGGAACCCUGAUAAAAGGCGACCGUUUUAUGAAGAGGAGGAGCGGCGAAAAAAAGCGCGGAAACUUGCUGAGAGAGCCUGGGAAAAGAAAAAGAAGAAAUCGAAAAGGCACAGCCACGUGACCGAAAGCAUCAUCAGUGACAGCGCAGAGGAUGCUGAGGAAUUUGCCCCGUUGGAAGGAGGAAAGGACCCUAUAGUGUGCGAUGUUGGCUACUAUGCCCGCCGUGUCGGCCUAGAUUGCGAGAUCUUCGACGUCCAAACAGAAGACGGCUUCAUCAUCGAACUAUGGCACGUCUACAACCCCCGCGAGCAGCGCACUCACUCCGCCAAAGACCGCGAACACCACUCUCCAGACAUCUUCCCCUCACACUCUCCAAAUGACGCCGCCCCAUCAUCUCCAUACAAGCCCGGGAAUAAAAAAUACCCGAUCCUCCUCAUCCAUGGCCUCCUCCAAUCUGCCGGCGCCUAUUGCACAAACGACGACGACAGCCUCGCCUUUUUCCUCGCCAAAUCCGGCUACGACGUCUGGCUUGGCAAUAAUCGUUGCGGAUUCCACCCACGACACAACGUGCUCAAGUACAGCGAUCCGCGCAUGUGGGCCUGGAAUAUUCGGCAGAUGGGAUGUUUAGAUCUCCCCGCUCUCAUCUCACGCGUCUUGUCCGAAACCGCAUUCGAGAAACUCGGCCUCGUCGCCCAUAGCCAAGGAACAACGCAAACGCUCGUUGCCCUUGCUAAAGAGCAACGUCCGGAUAUCGGUGAGAAGAUUAGCGUGUUUUGCGGAUUGGCACCGGCAGCGUAUGCAGGUCCGCUGAUCGGGAAGAUGUACUUCAAGUUCAUGCGUGUAAUAUCACCGGGUAUGUUUCGUAUAUUCUUUGGUAUUCAUGCGUUCAUCCCGUUCAUGAUGACCAUGCAUUCGCUGUUACCAGGGAGUUUCUACGGCGCGAUGGGUUACCGAGUGUUCGCCUUCUUGUUCAACUGGACCGACGAGCGCUGGGAGCGCGGUCUAAGAGACCGAAUGUUCCAAUUCGCGCCUGUCUACGUAAGCGCGGAGUCAAUGCGAUGGUGGCUAGGACGAGAAUGCUUCGCGAGACAAAAGUGUAUCCUAGCCACAAAAGAGGAGAAAACAACCGAAGACCGCGAGGACGAGGAAGAAGACCAAGUGCGGGAACAAUCAAGCGAUGAAUCUUCGGAUGACGAAGAAGGAAGGCCCUCAAGGCCCGGCCUCAAGGAGUCCACAACGGAGCAGCGAAUAACUAAAGACCGCGUACUCCGCCGCCGAAACACAGACCGCUCGCGCUACGCGUGGUACGGGCCGCAAACUCCCCCCUUCGCGCUCUGGGUCUGUGGUGCAGACGAUCUGGUAGAUGGUCGCAGGCUUCUACGCCGAUUUGAUCGUAACCGCGAGCCGCAUGUUGAUCUUGUUCAUUCUAAGAUCAUUGAAGGCUACGAACACCUCGAUCCCCUCUGGAGUAUGGACAGCAUCGAGAAAGUCGGCAAAGAGGUCCGACAGGUCCUAUGGCGCACCGCCCCUGAAUCCGCCAGGAAAAUCUGUCGAACGCCUAAGGGCUGCGAAGAAAUCACCGACUUUUACAUAAGACGUGGGAAAAGGGAGAGUGUUAAGCCGCAGUUAGAUACCGUGGCGGGCGAGUGGAGUGAGAAAGGGAAGCAACAGGUUGGCGGAGGUGGUGGAGAGGGGGAUCGCGAUCUAGAGGCUGAGAUCCAGCAGGAGGUUUGAGGUUUGAAAUAACAAUACUUACCAAGAUUUUUCUUCUUUCUCUUUUGAAUAUGUGUCUUGGAAGUAUAGUUCUAAACCUGAGAUCCAAGAGGUACGGGGUUUGAAAGCAACAAUACCCAGAUUCUUUUCUCUUUGGAUAGUGUGGCAGUCCAAGAAACGUCAAGAUGCAGAUUUUGUCUGUGUUCGACAUUUUUCCACCGUUGAUUUUGCCAAGCAUUCCAUACUUAAGUAAUUUCUGUGUCUUGGUAGUUCGACACGCAGAUAAUGUCGCAGCGGCUUUCCCAUGUGGGAGGUCAAUCUCUUUCCUCUUGUCCUUUGCAUCUUAGGUCCACAUUUCAAGACUGCGUAUAUAGAGAUUCUCCCUUCUGCGACUCGCACACAACAUCAAUGUUUCUUCUGAGAAUGAGUGUAUAUAUUCCCAAUCAUAUUCAUAACAUUUACAAC